CAAACAUGUUUUCUUUUCCUAUUAGAGCUCCAUGCAGGCCUAUCAUCAUGAAUAAAGUCUCCCUAUGUGAAUGGAAAUAUCAUUUCAUUGACCCAUAAAUUAAUACAUUCAAAGAGUUCAAAUAUAUUUAACUUUAUAUCAGUUUUCUAUAAUAGCAGCUCUGACAGGUUUCUAUAGUAACAGAGACGUGUAUGGUGGAUGUGCCACAUAAUCCAAGUUUAAUCGUAAACACGUUUUAAACACGUGAUGUUAUUUCACAAAGAUACACGUGUCAUUGAAGUUUUCUGUAAGAAUAUUUCGGAAGGAGUCUCCAGUGCCAGAAACUUAGUACGAGUCAGUGCGUCUUCAGGGCAGAGGUGAUUACACUUUGUGUAUGGUUUUUUGUUGUUUUUUGUUUUUGUUUCAUUUAUGUCAAGAGAUUGAGAGAGAGAGAGAGAGAGAGAGAGAGAGAGAUUGAGAGAGAAUGACAGAGAGAGAGAGAGAGCGAUUUAGAGAGAGAGAGUGAGAAGGACAGAGAGCGGAAGAGAGAGAUUGAGAGAGAGAGAGGUUGAGAGAGAGAUUGAGCGAGAUAGAGAGAGAGAUUGAGAGAGAGAGAGAGAGAGAGAGAGAUUGAGAGAGAUUGCGAGAGAGAGAGAUUGAGAGAGAUUGAGAGAGAGAAAUGCCUAGAGAGAGAGAGAGAAAGAGAUUGAGAGCGAUAGAGAGAGUUAGAGAGAUUGAGAGAGUUAGAGAUAGAGAGAGAUUGAGAGAGAGAUUGAGAGAGAGAGAUAGAUAGAUAGAGAGAGAGAGAGAUUGAGAGAGAAAGAGAAAUGCCGGUGAGGGAACGUGUGUUUAUCCUGAGAACAGCAACUUGUUUCAUUAACAUUAAAUGUAACUAUAAACGGAUAAAAAGCAUGAUGUGUCAUUGUGUGUGCUGUUUCUUAUAUAUGCAAAAUCUUAUAUGUAAUUUAAAAAAAAUCUUAGAUUAAAUUAUAGAUGCAAAAUCUUUUUUGGGGAAAAAUCAUUGAGCUGGCAACACAGCCAUGCAGUUUGGAAGCAUCCCGAUAUAAACCGGCCUGUGAUGCCGCGUGCAGCCCCGCCCCUCCUCUCCCGCUCCUCGAGGCACCGGAGCCUGGCCUCGUCACCGACAGCUGAUCGUAAAGACAGCAGCACCGCACUUCACCGGACCCCUGCGAUGGCGUCAGAGGAGCUCGCGCGGAAACUGCAGCGCAGGCUGGACGCCACGGAGCGGCCCGACAGUCCGGCGGAGAGUCCGGCGAGGAGUCCGGGGAGGAGUCCGUCGAUGAGUCCGGCGAGGACCGUCACCGAGCCGCGGCGCGAGGGCGAGAGCGAGGACGCGGCCGCCGCCGCUAACGGGGACUCGUGCUCGAACGAGCUCGCGGAGAAGCUCAACCGCAGGCUGGAGAUCGACGGAGGCGGCGCGAGGCCCAGACAGAUGAUGAAGGUGUUCAACCCGUACACCGAGUUCAAAGAGUUCACGCGCAAACAGAUCAAACAGAUGGAGGAGAUGUUCAAGAGAUUUGACUCUGGGAAGGACGGCUACAUUGACUUGAUGGAGCUGAAGAUGAUGAUGGAGAAGCUGGGUGCUCCUCAGACCCACAUUGGUCUGAAGAACAUGAUCCGUGAGGUGGACGAAGAUUAUGAUGGCAAGCUCAGCUACCGAGAGUUCCUCCUGAUCUUUAGGAGAGCAGCAGCAGGGGAGCUGCAGGAUGACGACCCUCUUAUGGCGCUGGCUCGUCUCUCUGAGAUCAAUGUGUCCAACGAGGGCGUGAAGGGAGCACGUGACUUCUUUGAGGCCAAGGCUCAGGUGCUGUCAGUACGCAGUAAGUUUGAGGCGGAGCUUCGGGAGGAGAAGGAGGAGAAGCAGAGGAUGGAGGAGGAGAGGAAACAACGACGGGCCGCCUUCAAAGAGCUGCAAUCCGCAUUCUGCUCCUGAACGAAAACGAACACACACACACACAUACACACACAUACAGAUUGUACCUCCUACUGAUGAAUACAGAAGCACAGCUGUAAAGCCUCACUGUAACUGUAGCAAAAGUAGCUGACACACACACACACACACACUUUAACCAUGUGAGCUUCCUAUUUUACUCUGACUAGCUCUAUUUUUUUUAAAUAAUAUUUAAUAUAACAGAAGAAUUUAGUAAAUAAUAUUAAUGAGUAAUAAAUAUAUAAAUCUAUACACAUCUGUAACAUGAAUAUUUACAUAAUGAGCGGCAUGAUGAACAACAUCAUAACAUCAGGCUUCGAAAUGAAGGGAAAUAUGUUGUCACCAUGAUUUAAAAAAAAAUUUUUUAGUUUUUUCUUUUUUAAAAAUCAUGACCAUCUUUCUUAUUGUAAUUUAAUUUUUAAUCUUACUUUUAAUGUUGUUUUUUUUUUUUUUACAUUAGCCUAUGUGUUGGAUUCCGUUAAUAAUAAAAAUCCAUUAUUAAAUGAGUGAACACUUCAGAAUGAAUAAAUGCACUUGUGUGUUUCCAGCGCGUGCGUGCGCGCACACACACACACACACACACACACACACACACAAAAUAAUCAAUUCACAAACCCCCAUUAAAGAUGCAUUAGUCAAUAUCUUUCCUUUCUUACUGAUCUAAAUAAUUG